CCAGUGCAAUGCGGGCAGAAUGGCGCCGAAGAAGAGCCCCGCUUCCUCCUCCGGCAUCAACCAUGCCGCCAUUCUCCUUCUCACCAUCAUUCACCAGCUUCUAGGCGGCCUCUGGUAUGGCCAGCUCUUCAAAGACCCCUGGCUUCAUGGGGUUGGCAAAUCGCUGCAGGACGUCGAACCGAAAAAGCACCCCGCUCUGUUUCUCAUUCCGUUGGUGGCAGGCCUUCUGCUGAAUUACGUCCUGGCCGGCAUCCUGGCCCUGGGGCCUGGGCCGAGCGUAAAGAGGGGGGUGGUGUGGGCUCUCAUUCUGUGGGGGGGGGUCAUCUUGCCAGACACGCUGACGCACCAUGCUUUCAUCGGGGCACCGCUGAUGCUGACGGCCAUUGACACCAGCAAGGAACUCGUGGGGCUUCUCAUCUCCGGUGUGAUCCUGGGGUCUUGGACGGCAAACAAGACGAAGGCCGCCUAGCAGAACGUCGACGUCUACGAGUCGGUGUCGUCAAGUGGCGCUGUAAGGGAAGGAGGUUGUUGUUUUGAUUGUUAGAAAGCCAUUAUUUGGAGCAAAGGACUGCCUGUGAAACUAAAGAUCGCCGGCUUCCCACACGAGCGAUGAUUGGACUAGUAAAAGACAGGGAGGAUGGAUGUGGGCGCAGUCCAAGGUAUGCACUGACACGAGCGAAGGAGAGCCACUAACGAAAGUCUGGGUUACCAGCUAGGUACUCCCAUUGCAGCCUUUGUAUAAACGGAGUGUACGUUUGCAGGCGGUAGAAAAGAAGGGCUGUUGGGAAGCGUAAAUGGUACAUGUAAAUAAGUGCAGCUUAAUGACUCAAAGAGCACAUGGUCUUCCGUGUAGACAUGGCAGCUUUCUGCCCAAGCUUUUCAUGCUGGCAUCACUUGAGCAUG